UGAUGGAAAACUUUCGAUUCAAAACGAUUUCGCUCUAAAAACAGCUCUCGAUGGAUAAGGAGGAUAAUAAUCUUGCUAUCAGCAUUAUGAAAGCUUUAAAUCCAUCCGAAGCUCCACUUAAAAUGAAACAUGCGCGAAGUAUUAUCAUCGCUACAUAUCGGACAAAAGAACUCAAGUCAUUUUGGCCAAUAAUUACACGACAACCUUUAAUGGCGCAUCGAUUCACAGCUUGGAAGUUCUGCCAUAUGCUGCACAAAGUAACGAGAGAAGGUCAUCCAAUAAGUCUGAAACAAUCAUUAGUCCAUAAAACUUUAAUUCUUGACAUUGGAAAACUUUGGGGUCACUUACAAGAUGGCGUCGGAGCUUGCAUUGAAUCCUAUACAAAACUUCUUGUAAAUAAGUUACAAUUUCAUGAAAGAAAUGUCAUUUUUCCAGGUUCCUUGCUUCUUGAAUUCAGUGAAAUUGAAAAAUUUGCAGAAAAUGACGACAACAUUUAUUUCCAGCUUUGUGUGGAAAUUUUUGAUUAUUUGGAUCACAUAAUCGACGUUCAAACUAAAAUUUUCGCUUCGGUGAAUAUGUUUCGUAUGUCAUCAAUGACACGACAGGGACAAUGCCGUCUGGCUCCAUUAAUAAGCCUAAUCCAAGAAUCCGACCCAUUGUACGGCAUAUCGGUGCGUUUGAUGUUCAAAUUGCAUAACAGUUUGCUAAGGGAUGUACUUAUCGGCCAUCGAGAACGUUUCAAUGAUCUUUUUUCAAAAAUUAAGCAAUUUUAUAAUGACGUCAAACCGCUUCAAUAUUUUGCGAAUGUAAUUCAGAUACCAUCGUUGCCAGAAAUUGCGCCAAAUUUCUUACACCAAAUCGACCUUAGUAUUUAUGUAGCAUCCGCAGGCCAUGUAAAACUAGAUCAAGAAGAAUCUUUCGAAAAUUUUGCAAAUAAUCUAAGACCCGUUGAGAACUGCAACUUAUGCGAAAAGGACACAACUGUAAAGAGAUUGCAAGACGAAUUACUGGAAAAGGAUGAGCAAUUGAAAAAUGAAGUUAAAUUGGUUUAUCAAAUAUCAGAUUUGAGUUUCAAAAAUCAAUCACUUGAAACUGAGUUAGCUGCCACCACGGCUAAGUUUAUUGCAGCGAUAAACAAGAUCGAAAAUUUAGAGUUGCAUAUAAAGGAUGCCGCAAAACUGCAGAUCGAAGCCAGAGAAUGGGAGGAAAAAGCGAAGUCUAUUGAAGAAAAAUUUGAAAAAAUCAAAUUAUUGUAUGCAAAUUUAAGGGAGGAGCACAUAAAUCUGCUAAGAGCAGAAGGCACACUAAAGAAGAAUAUUGCAAGGCUCAAAUUCAGAAUUAAAGAAACGGAAGAACAGUUAAAUAUAAAAAUAAACGAGCAUGAACAAGAACUUGCAAUUAAAAACUUGGAAAUAAUUGAACUCAAGUCCGAAAUUACACAAAUUCAAGAGACAUUUAAAAAACUAAAGGUAGGGCAUGAUGCACAACUGGUCAAGUAUCAAAAACUUCUAAAGGAAAAUGAAAUAUCUAGAAGGCUUAACGAGACUAAGGUUAAUUUAAAACUGUUAGACUAUUUAAGCAUUCCAGGAGAAAAUGCAAAAUGUGAUGACACUCUGACAGAUAAGAACUUGCCAGUUAAAACUGCCUCUGCUAAGAACUCUGAGUUAAGUACAAACUUACGAAACCUAAGCGAAAAGGUGCCAUCUCCAAGCUGUAAAUUGCUUCAUGCUGAUAAGGAGAUCAAGCAACUAAGACCUAGAAAUUUCCUAGUGGAGACGUUAUUUUCUGCUAUGAAAGAAUCAUUCAAAAUUUGGACUGGAAAUACAGAUAAAACUUGGCAAAAUAUUGGAACAAUUCAAGAUAUGUUACAACAAAUAAACGCCGAAUAUUUCCAAACCUAUAAAAGCCCAAGCGAAAUAAAUUUAAUAAUUUCAAAAUGCUUACCUCUUAUACAGAACGCAACAUUACUUAACGGAUGUUUUACAUAUUUUGCUUAUAAUAAUACAGCAGAAGCAACUAUUGCAAGAGAAAUGAUGAUAAGUUUAAUGACAGCAAAUAUUUUACAGGAGCCUGCGCAUCAGUUUUUGUCAAACAGAAGACACGCAAGGACUCUACGAGAUGUAAUUCCUUCAGUGCCAAGCGUCACAUCAAAAGUCAAACAUGAAUUAAUGUUUUCAUCGUCCGAAGUCCAUCACAUGGAUCAGACGCUUCAACUGGAAUUAAAGGUUACGGAUGAAGUAAUCGAAAAGGCGACUAACAAGAUAAUGGAGAUUUGUUCCGACUCUAAAGCAGCAAGCGACAGCAUCAAAUUGGAGAAACAUAACAUAAUCCUUGAUUCAUGUACAUUUCUAAUGAAAGCAAUUAAAAUUUUAAUUAAGAAGUCCCGCCUGCUUCAAGAAGAAAUCGUUGCGCAAGGAAAAGCCCAUUUUCCAGUAAAGGAGUUCUAUAAGCGCAACAGCCAAUGGGCAGAAGGUUUGAUAUCUGCUUCGAAAGAUGUCGGAAAAGGAGCAAAUUAUUUAGUGGAGGCCGCAAACAGACUUUUGAAUAGAGAAUCAUGCAACAAUUUCGAAAUAAUUGUAGCAGCUCAAGAGAUUGCUGCCAGUACUGCUCAACUCGUGAUAGCAAGCAACGUAAAGGCUGACAAAUUCAGUCAAACGUUAGCCGAAUUGACUAAAGCAUCACGUAACGUAACUCAGGCAACAGAAUCCGUAGUAGCAGUAGUUAAAGACGCAAACAUUCAGCAAGAGAACUUGAAUGAGCUAGAGCUACUACAUUUGACGCCUUCUCAAAUAAAAACAAGAGAAAUGGAAAUUCAUGUAAAAGUUUUAGAAUUAGAGCAAGCUCUUCGAAACGAACGUUACAAGUUGAUGUCUUUUCGAAAAGCCUGUUACAAGAAUGCCCGAGACGUUUAG